CCGGCAGCGCUUGCACAUGGGCGCGCGGCCGGGGCGCGCGGCGCAGAGCGGGCGGCGGGAGCGGCGGAGCUGCGCGGCCGAGCGGCCUCUCCCGCGCCCCUGCUCCGGCCUCCAGGUGCCCCUCGCCAGCGGGGCUCGGCUCCUGCGUCCGACUCACCGCGCUUCGUAGCGGCGCCGCCGCCGCCGCGAGAGGAAGGGGGAAGGAACCGCUUGCCGCGCAGCUGCCCCGAGGAAAAGCCCACCAUGUCGCGGCCGCUCCCGCUGAACCCCACCUUCCUACCUCCCACCUACGGGGUGUUGAAGUCCUUGCUGGAAAACCCGCUCAAGCUGCCGCUCGCUCACGAAGACGCAUUCGGUAAAGAAAAAGACAAAGAAAAGAAGUUAGACGAUGACAGCACCAGUACCACAGUCCCUCAGUCAGCUUUCUUGGGCCCAACAUUAUGGGACAAGACACUGCCAUACGAUGGAGACACUUUCCAGUUGGAAUACAUGGACCUGGAAGAAUUCCUCUCAGAAAAUGGCAUUCCACCCAGCCCAAACCAGCACGAGCAUAGCCCACACCAGUCAGGUCUCCAGCAAGCUACCUCAGCAUCACCUUCUGUCAUGGACCUCAGCAGCAGGGCUUCUACUUCAGUCCAUCCAGGCAUGGUGUCGCAGAACUGCAUGCAGAGCCCAGUCAGACCAGGUCAGAUCUUGCCAGCAAACCGAAACACACCAAGUCCCAUUGAUCCUGAGACUAUCCAAGUUCCUGUUGGCUACGAACCUGACCCUGCAGAUCUUGCUCUUUCCAGUAUUCCUGGCCAGGAGAUGUUUGACCCUCGUAAGCGCAAAUUCUCUGAAGAAGAGCUGAAACCACAGCCAAUGAUUAAGAAAGCUCGCAAAGUCUUCAUUCCAGAUGACCUGAAGCAGGAUGACAAAUACUGGGCAAGGCGUAGAAAGAACAACAUGGCUGCUAAGCGAUCGAGGGAUGCCCGCCGGCUGAAGGAGAACCAGAUCGCCAUCCGCGCCUCGUUUCUGGAGAAGGAGAACUCGGCUCUCCGCCAGGAGGUGGCCGACCUACGGAAAGAGCUAGGCAAAUGCAAGAACGUCCUUGCAAAGUACGAAGCUCGACACGGCCCCCUGUAAAUUCAAGGGGGGGGAGCGGGGUUUUUUUCUUUUUUCUUUUUCUUUUUUUUUUUUUUGUUGCGGGUUGGCAUUUGAAUAGAUGGACAAUGUGUUUCCUGUUUGAUAGCACCACACCCAAACCAACCUUUCUGUCUUCAGCACUUUACCAGAAGCAGAAACAAAACUGACUUACGUUAUUAUUUUCUUUUUUUUGGUUUGCGUAUGCGUGUACCUGCGUAUGUGUGCCCAUGUGUGUUCACGCGUCUGUCUACGUGUGUGUGCGCGUGCUUGUGUGUGUGCAUCUGCGCGUGUGUGUGUGCGUGCGCACGCAUCUCAGCACUUCCCAUUUUUAUGAAGCCCUCUCCAAAGGGUGCCACAUUUUUACCUGGACUGUUGAGAACCGCCAUAGUAAGCUUUUUAUUAUAUUUUUUUCAGUGCUGCUUCAGAGUAGGGUUUUUAUGUUAUUGUAACCAGUUCCAUCCUCCUGAUUUACUUGGAAAGAUCCCAGUAUAAAUUAUAAAAAAAGGAAAAAAAAAAAAAGAAAAAAGAAAAAAAAGUAGAUCUCAGUUUUUUUCGGGAGUAACAAGCUAUUGUUUAAGUAUGUCUAAUCAGAAAAGUUAACAUGCUAAUAAAGUGCACAAAUAAUAAUUUAGUACUACACUGCAGAAAUAUUAAUUUAUAGAUUGCUUUUGUUGUAUUUUAAGUUUUGGUGGUAAUUGUCUUCAGAUUUAAAGUGCUGUUAGACUGAGUUAGCUGUACUCAUUAUAGAUCCCAUAAUGGCUUCUCUAUAGCUAUUAAGGUUCCUUUUCUUUCCCCGGACCCCAGGUAGUAGCAGAACUGUCCAUAGAGCACAGAGUGUGUACUUUGCACUGUCUGUACCUGAAGCAAUAAUCCUGUUGUACGCUAGCGCAUGCUGCCCGGGUGUUCCUAGUGGACGUAGGAUGGUUUCCCUACCCAACAGGAGUUUUAAUGUCUUUAACAAAAAGUUAAAAAGUAAAAGACACGUUAACGUGAGCAUGCUAAUUGUAUCCCUGUCCAUAGGGAGCGCAUGUGUAAGAAGCAGGAUAAUUAGUUGAAACGAGAACAAAAUUAAUAGUAUCAAAUCAGAUCCGACGUCGAAAUCAGAGGGGCUUUUCUGUUUUCAGUUAGUUAUGCGUUCCUUCAAGUUCCAUUUUGUGAUUAAAAUUUAAAUAAAUACCUAAAUUCAGUUGUUUUUUCCUAUGUUCUGUAAUAUAUUUUCUGUGGAUUAUAUCUUGCUGUUUAAAAAAAAAAAAUCACUUUUAUUCAGUUAGAAGUCACUGGUUUGCAAAGCCCAUUUUUCCUAGUGAUUGUUGUUUUGAGUGUGACAUGAACUGAUGGUUCUGAACUUUAUCGUUUUAAACUCUAUUUUCUUUUGAAGACGUAUGUUCUAAUAUAAAGUGGACUUCUGAAAAAUGAAUGUAAGAGACACUGGUGUAUUUCAGAAGGGGAUGGUGUUGUCAUAUACUGUGGUUAAUCCAAUCAAUCUAAGUGUUUACUAUAGACCAAAAGAAUAGAUAUUAUAAAAUGUAUAAAGUUUAUACAGAAUAAUUAUAGUAUGUUCGUUUUGUACAGUAUUUUUCAAGUACAAAUACUGACAAUGUAUUUUGAAAGACAUAUAUAUAUCAAAAAGAAAAAGCUAUUCCAUGUUUAAAAUAUAUAGCAAAGAUAUAUAUUCUCCAUUAUUGUACAGAAAGGAAAUGCUUAGGGGUUUGUUGGUUGUUGUUGGGUUUUUUUUUUAAAAUCUUUAAUAUUUUAAGCCUACCACUGGCACACUGGCACGUUCUGUGCUUUAAAUUAAAUUUUUAUGGAAGUAAUAUGGCUUUCCAGGAUGUUCCAUAUUACUGAAAAAGAGAGACUUUAUUAUUUUCCAUUAGAAACACAUAAAGAAACUGUUUAAUAGGGACAAAGCACAACAUGGAUUGUAGUCAACUAUUGAUUGGACAAUUCAAUAUUUUGUAAAGGCAGAAAAAUAAUCCGUAACACAAAAAAUCUCAUAGUCAUUUCUAAUCUGCUGCUGCUGCUAGAAUCUGUUUCCAGCUGAAAUUUUUUGUUAUAAAUAGCUCUGUUGCUGUAUACAGUUGUACGUACUGCAUACGGUUAUUAACAUGUGAGGAAAAUAUGGUGCUACAUGUCUUGCUCACAGUUUUCUAAGUGUUUGGACAUUAUUUUCAAAUAAAAAGGUUUGUUCAUUCCAUUAAAUCAUUAUUCAUGCUUCAGGAGAUUGUUACAAAGGACUCAACAUUUUCUUCAGCAUUAAAAAUACCCUCACAUCAAUGGCAUUUUUCCAGUAUUUUUCCUCAAACAUACUCGACUUUUCAGCGUCCCUUAACGUGCAGUACCUGCCUGUGGACCAUUUAUUCAGCACGUUGAAUUGCUCCGUGCUGCAGCAAAGUUUAAAGAGUAGUAAGUUAUUUUCUAAAGGUCAGUAUAAGCCACUGGCUGCGUGGGUGGAGAAAUGAGACUGGCAGUGGCUGGCACGAGCCGUGGAUCUGCUAGAGCCGCUAGGAAAUAAACUUGAUUUUUUUCCCUUUGGAAGAAGGGCGACGGUGGCAGGGCUGAGCCGGCCCCUGCUGCGGAUACACUUUUAGCAGCAACAAAGCAAAUUGCAAGAGCUUCUAAUUGCCCUCACCGUGAUUGUUCUCGGGGUGAGGCUUGAGCAGCAGGACCGGGGUGCGCGAGAUCAGCUGGUACGAACCCCUCGUGGGUUGACCGCAAAACUUGCUUUAAAAUGUAAAAGGCAGCUUGGACUAAAAUCCCAGAUAAUUCUUUUGUUUCUUUAGGGCAGGGAAGGGGGGGGAGAUGGUAGUUUUUAUAGGCUGGCUGGCACAGAUUCAUCAAGUCAGGGCCACAGAGGAGCACAGAGCUUUCCAGCAGCCCAAAGCUGCCCAGGUGUCUCCUGGCCCCAUCCGGGCGGGCGGCUCGGGGGGGCUCGGCCCCGGCCAGCUCUUUUCUGGGGGUGAGGACUUUCAGAGGAGCCUGCGGGACCCGGGCACUCCCCGCUCACCCUGGGGGACGGGUACCCGGGCGCCUCUGAGCAGCUCCCCCUGGAAGAAAAGGGUGGGUGGGGGGAAGGCAAAAUUUGUGGGCUAAAACUUGGAAAAAACCCUCUAACCAGGUUGUCUCCCCAAAAUAACAAUAAAUGGAAGUUUAGCUCAUUUUCAGUUCCCCAGGACAGCUUAGUUGGGCUCAUCACACCUCCGAUGGCUUUGUUGCUCAUGAAGGAGCUUGUAGGUAUAUGAAAUUGUAAUUUUAUAAAAAUAGAAAUAUAUAUAUUUGCAGAAUAAUUAAUAGCGUGUCUAAAUAAUUCACUGACCUCUCUUAAACCAUAAGCAUUGGUAAAAUGCUUGUCGUCUUGUUUGUUUGUUUGUUUUUGCUGAAACUUAGACGUGAUUUUUUUUCUUUUUAAAAAAGAAUGCCCUCUAAAAAUAAAUCGAAUUUGAGACGUAUUUGUGAAUACGAGCACCUUGGGGCUCUCCGUGGGAAAGCCCGUGGCAGAGGCGGUGGUGGGGGUGUGUAUUUUUUUUUUUUUCUCUUUUGAAUGGUGCUAAAGCCACUAACCCAAGCACCAUGGAAAUACAGCUCUGACUUGAAUCCACAAAGGCAAGAAAUGGAAAAUGAAGGGGAGGCGCCUGACGGGGCACAUGCGGUUGUUCCGCGGAGCAGCCCAAAGCCGCUCUGUCCCGGCGGGGGGCGGGUGGGAUGCGUCCCGUAGUGCCGCAGGACCCCUAUAACCUUUGAAUGUCUUGCCUCUGUGGGUUUGUAAUAACCCCAGUUAUCGCUUUAAAACUAUUUUUGCAUGUAAUUUACACUAGAGAUGUGCAGUUUAUUUUUAUUUUGUUGACUUCUUUUUUAUGUGAAGAAAAAGAAAAGUGUAUUAAAAUUUACAAGUGAUCAACCAUUGUAUUUCUGGCAACACCACAAGACAGCAUCUGUUUAAAUACAAGUUUAACAAAUAAGAUCAAAUUAACUGUAUGACAUGAAAUGGAUUGCAUCCUGUAUGCUGUUCAGCCCAAAUCUUUUUUUUUUUUUUUUUUUGUUGUCUGUUAUUCUUAAUGUUUAAUAAACUUUUAAAUUUUUCUUCUCUCA